AUGUUAUUUCACCCGGGUGCUGAUUUUGAUUGCUUUUCUGUGUGUCUUGCAGGGGCCCGUAAACUUGAGGAUUUGAGGGAAGAGAAGCAACAGCAGGACCAGGUGCAGCGAAAACAGGGGCAGUCACAAGAUCCACAAGGGAAGCCAAAACAGCAGCAGCAGCAAUCCACUCGAGCACAGAACCAAGAAGAAGCUUAUGAGGCGGUUCAACAGGCACAGAAUCAUGAAGCAGCACCUUCAGCCGCCGCCACCACCGCUGCUGCUGUCAGUGGUGAUGCGGAGCAGAUGGUUCGUGAGUUGCGAGAGAGCAGUGCGAGACUGAAGGCGGUAGGGCAGGACCCCUUGCCUGACGCACUGCGAUUGGCUGAGGCUGCUAAAGCCCAGGUCCGGGAUCAGGCUCGGGGUAAGGCUGAGGGUGAGGCUAGGAAUGGUGGCUUGGGGGAAGAGAGGGAAGUCGUUCAGGGUAGUAAAGCAAGGGGAGGGGGAAGGAAGGAGAGGGUGGGGUUGGAACACGUGAGGGAGGAGGAGGAAGAAGAGGAGGGUGAGGAGGAUAGGAGGACGAAUGAAGCUGGUAUGUGGAGGAAAUGGAAGAAACAGGGGGAAGAAGGGGGAAGGAGAGUAGCUAGUGAGACUGGGUUGGAAGUUCUGGGAAAAGGAGAGGGUGAGAGAAGAAGGCGUGGUGAAGAUGGGAGAGAGGAGGAUGGAGAGGGAAGGGAUGGGGGUGGAAGGAGGAGGAGGAUGAUGGACCCUCAACCAACCGCACGCAUUCUAGAGUGGUCUGAUGAUGACGGGGAGUUGGAAGAGACUCCAGAGCCAGCUCAACCCCAUGGUCCCAGCAACCGGCAUGGCCGCACCAGUAUGCCCGCCACAGUGCACCUACGAACGCCCUCCGCCCCCCACCUCUCCCCUCUCAACCUGCAUGCUGCUUCUCCUGCCACUGCUGCCACUGCUGCUGCUGCUGGUGCUGCUGCUGCUGCUGGUGCUGCUGCAAGGGGUGGUACGGGGCAAGGUGUGAGGAGGCGGGGAGGCACUGUGACUGCGACUGGAAGGCUGAGGAGGCCUAAGCGGCCGUUCAGUGCGGAGGAGACAGACACACUCAAGAUUGGCGUCAUGAGGUUUGGCAAAUCGUGGAGUCAGAUCAUGCACGAAUACGCCGAUGUCUUUGCAGGCCGGACGCAG